GAGGCUCCGGAGUUGGGCGAGCUGGCCACGCCCCGGCGGCGGUCUCCGCCGGAGCCGCUGGCCGUCGACGGCCCGCUGCCGGCGCCCAUGGAGGCAUCGUCGGCCUCGCGCAUGCCCCCAGCUGAAAUGCGCAUGCAGGCGGAGGGCUUCCAGGACGGCGAGGACGACCCAGAGCUCGUCAUCCCAGGCAUCUCGGACUACCCAGUGCUCGAGGCCCAGCCGCCGCUCGGCACAACCUUCGAUCUCACCAAGUCGAAGAUGCUCCGCGAGAUGCCGGCGGUGCCUCGAGCGGCUCCCGAGGAGCCAGGGCCGCCCGAAGACGACCUCGAUGCUGCCCGCGAGGAGCUGGAGCGGGAGUUGGCGGCGAUGAGAGACGACCCGAACGCCAUGCAGGGUGGCCAGACCUCCAUCUCGCGGUGCUCGACGCCUGCGACCCAGGCGAUGACGCGGCCGGAGCACGACUUCAUCCGCCGCCACCUGCCGAUGGAGCUGCAGCAGCGGUACUUGAAGCCGGUCGCCCCCCUGUCCGAAAUCGUGAAGAAGGGCGUCAAGGUCGCGUGGCAGGACAAGCCGGCGUUCAACGCCGACCUCCGGGCGCGCUCCACCACGCGCCGCAUCGCCGCAGGCAUCGAGCCAGGCAUCAUGCGCAUCGCCCUGCAGAGGUCGGCGGCCACCGGCGCCAAGUGGACGCAGAUGUUCCGGCCUGGGUUCAACGACAUCGUCAACGAGUCUUUCAAGGUCGGGUGCAACGCCUGCGUGCUCAGCAACCUGUACCUGAACGACAAGCAGGGCCGGGAGCAGUUCCAGAAGCUCUACACGCAGGA